AUGUCAAGUACUUCUACAAAAGAUCAAGAAUUGAUUGAUUUCGCAUAUAAUCAUUUAAAUUUAAACAUACCAAAAGGUCAUGAUGAAUAUGAAAAAAUGAUUUCAGGUAUCCCAUAUGAAGCAUGGAAUCAACAAUUACAAGAAUCAAGAGAAGAAGCACAUCAAAGUGCAAAAGAGUACUCGGCCAUUUCAUAUAGAGGUAAAUCCAUUGAUGAAUUUAACAAAGAACGUCAUGAUAAAUUAACUUCAAUGUUUGGUAAACUUAAAUCAAGUGCCACAAUUGAAGCUCCAUUAUCUAUAGAUUAUGGUAUAAAUACUUAUAUUGGUGAAAAUUUUUAUGCAAAUUUUAAUUUAACUUUAUUAGAUUCUUCAAUUAUAAAAAUUGGUGAUUUUGUUGAAUUUGGUCCAAAUGUUGUUCUUUGUUGUGCUACUCAUCCUUUAGAAUCUGAUGAAAGAUUAGCUGCUGAUGGGGAAUGGUCAAGAGCAAUCACCGUGGGAAAUAGAGUAUGGAUAGGAUCAAAUGUCACUGUUUUACCAGGUGUUACUAUUGGUGAUGGUGCAGUGAUUGGUGCAAAUUCAGUUGUUACAAGGGAUAUUCCAUCUUUUUCAGUUAGUGUUGGAGCUCCAGCUAAAGUUAAAAAACAGUUGAAAGGGUACACAGGUGAAGUUAUUGCUGAUAUUAAGUAUUAG